UAACACUUGUUCCACCAUAUUCCCUGUUUCUUUUCUAUCUACAUGGAUCUUCAAACAAUUUACACUUUAACCCUGUUUUCCAUUUUCGUACUCUCCAUUAUUGUGACACUAAAAUUAAGGAAGAAAAUCACGAAAAUUGACUCAAUUGCAAAUAUACCACCAGGGCCAUGGAAGCUACCAAUCAUUGGAAACAUACAUAAUCUUAUUGGCUCUCCACCACAUAGAAAAUUAAGAGAAUUGUCAACAAAAUAUGGUGCUUUAAUGCAUCUUCAACUUGGUGAAGUUUUAUUUACUAUUGUAUCCUCAGCAGAAUAUGCUAAGGAAAUAAUGAAAACUCAUGAUGUUAUAUUUGCGUCAAGGCCUUUAACACUAACCUCAGAGAUAAUGUUUUAUGGUUCAACAGAUAUAGCUUUUUCACCAUAUGGUGAUUAUUGGAGACAGCUUAGAAAGAUUUGUACCGUUGAACUUUUAAGUAUAAAACGUGUUCAGUCUCUUUGGCCAAUUAGAGAACAAGAGAUUAAAAAUCUUGUCAGUAGGAUUGCUUCCGAUGAAGGAAGAGUCGUCAAUCUUUCUCAACAAGUUAUGUCAAUGAUGUUUUCUAUCACUUCAAGGGCUGCAUUCGGCAAAAAGUACAAAGAACAAGAUGAGUUUAUAUCGGCAGUAAGAUACAUGUUGCAGAUAGCAGGAGGUUUCUACAUCGGAGACUUGUUUCCUUCAGCGAAAUGGCUUCAAAACUUCACUGGAAGGAGGCCUAAGCUUGAGAAGCUGCAUCAAAAAGUUGAUAGAAUACUUGAGAUGAUCAUCAAUGACCAUAAAGAGAAAAAUUCAGGAGAUAAAGAAGGUCUAGUAGGAGGGGAAGAUUUGACUGAUAUUCUCUUGAAAUUUGAGGAUGGUAGCGACAAUAAUCUGGAUUUUUGCUUAACUAAGAACAAUAUCAAAGCUAUAAUCUUUGAUAUCUUCACCGCUGGAAGUGACACUGCAGCAACGACAAUAAACUGGGCUAUGGCUGAGAUGAUGAAGGAUCAAAGAGUAUUGAAGAAAGCACAAGCUGAAGUAAGAGUGUUAUUAUAUAAAAGAGGAAAAUUUGAUGAAACCUUAAUUUCUGAGUUAAAAUACUUGAAAGUAAUCAUCAAAGAGGUCUUAAGAAUGCACCCUCCUGGUCCUCUUUUAGUACCAAGGGUGUGUGGACAAGCUUGUGAGAUUGAUGGUUAUCACAUACCAAUCAAAAGUAGGGUGAUAAUCAAUGCUUGGGCAAUUGGAAGGGAUCCAAAAUAUUGGACUGAUCCAGAUAAGUUUUAUCCUGAAAGAUUUAUUGAUAGUUCUCUUGAUUUCAAAGGAACAAAUUUUGAGUACAUUCCAUUUGGUGCUGGAAGAAGAAUUUGUCCAGGCAUUAACUAUGGUAUGGCAAAUGUUGAACUGACACUUGCUUUCUUAUUGUCUCACUUUGAUUGGAAGCUUCCUGGUGGAAUGAAAUGUGAGGAUUUGGAUAUGACUGAGCUAUUUGGAGCUUCUGUUAUAAGAAAAGAUGACAUGUAUUUGAUUCCAACCAAUUAUUUCACUGAAAUAGUGUUAAAAAAUGAAAGGUUUUUAUGGAAUUGA